AUGGAACGAUACUUUAAGAGAAGGUUCGCAUCAACUACUUCUAGUUCGGAUAAUGUAGGUAGUUCGAGUUCGAGAGAUGUGGAUAUUUCUAGAGAUGUGGAUAGUUCGAAAGAAAGUGAGUUGCAAGAUAUCUUAGCUAAUCUUAUUGCAGACCCUGGACUUCGACCUCAAAUGUUGGAUUAUGAUCCUAACAUUAGAGACGAAGUUCGAAGAGCAUAUCUACAAAAGGGUCCAUGUCAGCCCAAGGAUCACACAUUUCCACAAAUUGAUCUUUCAGGAAUUGGUCAAGGGUGUAGCGACGCCUUCACAGAGAUGGGUUUUAGGAAUUUGAAGAAGAAAGAUAAAAUUAGGCAACAUGUUGGACCUGUUGGAAGUGUUCAUAAUCAAUCUAGACAGUAUUGUGUGGAUCUUAUGAAUCAAAAGCAACACAUUCGAACAGUUUUGAUAAAGCAAUCAGAGCAAGCUCGUAUUGAUUAUCGUAUUUGCUUGACAGCUUCUCUUGAUUGUGUGAGAUUUUUAUUGAGGCAAGGUCUUCCUUUUCGUGUGCAUGAUGAGAGUGACACUUCAAGCAACAAGGGGAAUUAUUUAGAGCUCUUACAGUUUCUUGUUGAUCAUGAUGAGAAAGUGAAGGCCGUUGUGUUAGAAAAUGCUCCCGGGAAUCUCAAGUUAAUAGCUCCAAAAAUUCAAAAAGAUCUUGUGAAUACUUGUGCCACUGAAACUAUUAAGAAAAUCAUCAAGGAUAUGGAUAGUGCAUUCUUCUCUUUAUUAGUUGAUGAAUCACGUGAUGUGUCAGUAAAAGAACAGAUGGCGGUGGUGUUUUGUUAUGUUGACAAAAGUGGGGAUGUAAUUGAGAGGUUUGUGGGCAUUCAACAUGUUAGCGAUACUACAUCAAACUCACUCAAGGAGGCUAUUGACACAUUGUUUGCAAGAGAGGAAUUGAGCAUUUCCAUGCUAAGAGGACAAGGAUAUGAUGGAGCUAGUAAUAUGAAGGGUGAGUUCAAUGGUCUUAAAACACAGAUUUUGAGAGAAAAUCCUUGUGCCUAUUAUAUUCAUUGUUUUGCACAUCAACUUCAAUUAGCUCUUGUGGCCGUGGCAAAGGGAAAUGCUGAUAUUGCCACUUUCUUCACAUCUUGCAAUAGCUUGGUUAAUAUUGUUGGAGCAUCGUGCAAGCGUCGUGACAUUCUUAGAGAUCAACUACAAAAGGAUGUUACGGAAGCUGUAGAAAAAGAUACUUUUCCAACAGGGCGAGGCUUAAAUCAAGAAACUUGUCUCAAGCGUCCCGGUGAUACACGUUGGAACUCACAUUAUGGUACAUUACUUAGUAUCAUUUUCAUGUUUAAAUCUGUGGUGAAAGUGCUCAAAUUUAUUAUUGAGGAUGGCUCCACUGAUAAUCUAGGUGAAGCAAAUAGGUCAUUGAGAGAAAUACAAUCUUUUGAGUUUGUAUUUCACCUAUUUUUCAUGAGAUCUAUAUUGGGAGCCACAAAUGACUUGUCACAAGCAUUACAGAGGAAAGACCAAGAUAUUGAGAAUGUAAUGACUUUAGUCAAAGUUUGCAAGGACCAACUACAACACAUGAGAGAGAAUGCAUUUGAAGCCUUGCUUGAUCAAGUAUCUUCCUUUUGUGCCAAACAUGAUAUCUUGGUUCCAAACAUGGAUGAUGCAUAUGUAGCUCAAUGGAGAUCACAUCGGAGAGCUCCUAUAAUAACACACCUCCAUCAUUAUCGUGUGGACAUCUUUAUUCAAAUCAUUGAGUGGCAACUUGCGGAAUUAAAUCGUCGCUUUAGUGAGGUAAAUACUGAGUUACUUCUUUGUUUGACAUGUUUGAGUCCAGAUGAUUCAUUCAUAGCUUUUGACAAACAAAAGCUAUUUCGUUUUGCUGAAUUUUAUCCUCAAGAUUUUAAUUCCCGAGAUCUCUUGGCACUUGAAGAUCAACUUGAGAUUUAUAUUACUCAUAUGCGUACGAUGACUGAUUUUUCUCAAUUGAAAGGGAUUGGUCGCCUUGCAAGAAAAAUGGUGGAGAAAGGGUUGCAUAGAACAUAUAAUUAUGUUUAUUUGCUGAUCAGCUUAGCCUUAACUUUACCGGUUGCAAUUGCUUCUGUGGAGAGAGCAUUUUCUGCUAUGAAUAUUGUGAAAGGUCCACUUCGCAACCGAAUGGGAGAUCAAUGA